AGUCACCACAGUCACGAAUUUCUUGCCUUCUUCGUGAGGUGACUCCAAGUACAGCGACUGCUGGAUAAUAGCAAAGUUGUAAACGGACCACACGAUAUCUGAUUUUUUUCACUUUAACAAGUUAUGUUGGAGACGGAGGGAAAGGUAAGGUAUGGAAACUACUAUGGAAUUAACUGUUUAAUUGAGAAGUCGACUGGAGAAUUCAUGAUCAGUGGAACUUCUGUAUCUAGCAGCCUAUCACGCGAACAUCCUCUAUUUGGCUGUUACUUAUCUUAGUCUAAGCGGGCUAAAUUUUCAGAAGAUCAAUUCAGAACGGAAACCUUCACUACGAGGCCGCUCGUCUGUUCCCCUAGGGUGACCAAUUGGUAGAAUUCAUUGCUGACUGUGGCUAGAAAUUCGCUAAAAUUGACAUACAUGGACUUCGGCAUCUUGAUUAUCAGGUAUUGUUUAUCAAACAGACACCUAUUUUAAAAGACAAAGAAGAGGCAGAGAGGCUACUAGUUUCGGCAGUCAGCAUUCUUGGUCAUGCACCUCGAGACGAGAUGGGAAACCCCUUGUCUCGUAUCAAAGAACGGUUGUUUUGCAUAUUGACAGCAAUCCAAACAAAAUAAGCGUUGAUUAUUUAUUUGGGAACGAGUACAAGUCUUUUUCCAUAUCCAGGUCCUUAUAAAACCCAUUUCGAUAUCAAGAUUUUACGAAGUUUGAAUGUGCAUUCUCGUGCUAUGUUAAAUUAAUUGUUAUUUUGUCAUAUCAUCAUUUGCAUCCGAUAAAAUAUUGGUGCCUUCGUCACGCGACCUUCCCUUAAGCCGUGACGGAAAUGGCCACCCGAUUGGACUGGACUGGACCUGAUUUGUAAAACAAGGAUUUGUAAAAUAAGGACUAGACUGGACUUGUAAAACAUGGAUCUUUUCAGACAAGAUUUACGGGAGGAAAAACUGUCCUUUUCACCACAGGUUCACAGUAUCCGUACCCACUUAGAAAGUUUUUGUGGUCACUGAAUGAACAGGUAGCACUGUUUAAAUUGUCACCGUUAGUGACAAGACAUAUUAGAAAUUUCUAUACAUCACAACAGUAACAGUAACAAUGUUUAUUUUGCACUAUCAUUUACAAAGAUGGUGUUGCACAAAAAGGAAAAAUAAUAUAUAAAUAAAAUAGAUCACUAGCGCGAAAAACUUGUCAGGGGUGGGGACAUGCUUAAGUGCAUGGUAAUAACAUGGCUGAUUGUUAAAACAAGAGUAUUGUGGGGGGCUGUCCACCGAGGCCCGUUGUUUAACCCUUUAAGUCUCAAUAGUGACCAACAGCAAUUUUCUCCUAACGAUAUCCAUACAUUAUCAUGAGAUGAGGUUAUGAGAAUUAAUUAAAUGAUCACCUAAGAGAAAAUACUUUGAUCUUUUCUCAAAUUCUCUCAGCUCAUUCUUUAAGGAAAUGUAUAGAGAUCAGUUUGGAGAAUUUGUAUGUGGAUAUUGGGGCUUAAAGGGUUAAGGGAAGUCACUCGGGGGGAGGCCACAAUUGCAGGUUUUUAGUGUCACGCCAUUCAAAAUAGAUCAAAAUAAAAAAAUAAAAACCGUUCUAUAGAUAAAGUCCGGAAUCUGGGAAAUGAGAGGAGGUAAAUAUACAAAGACCCUCGCCAAGAUUCAGGUCAGACGGAAUAUUUCGUAUACGAGAUAUCUGAAGAAAUGUUUUACCCAAAUUUAUAGAGAUUUGUAUGGAGACGCCAUGCUGGUGCCCACCUGCAUGGGCACCAACAUGGCGGACGGAAACCAAGAGAUACAUCUGUUACCGAGUUUUGCUACAAAAACGUGAAUUUAUUCCUCGAGGAACUCAUAAACAUUAAAGUAAUACUUUUUCUUAUCCAUGAACUGUUUAGAUAGCAAAAUUCCGGAAAUACAUCACUUUUUUAACCUACGUGACAGCUCUCUCGGCCGUCAUGUAAAUGCAACGUCACGCAAAAGCUUAAAAAUUCAAGCGUACUCUAUCACAAAACCACGAACCCUUUUGAAGCGAAAAUUUGCAUGAAAAUUAGUCUUCAGCUGCUCUAAUACAUCAUGAAAGUAAAAUCUCAGUAGGAUCGAUAGUUAUGUAGUUUGAAUUUCAGUGACGUCAUUUAAAAACCAACAAUAUGAAGGACGGAGAUACUCGUCGUCAAUCUGGAUUUUGUUUGACCCCUAAAAGAGACUGUGAACUAAAGUGAUUUCAAUUGUUUUCACUCGCUCGGCAUAGCUAAUUAAUUAGAACAAAAGAAAGCGUUUACAAACUCCCACUGGAUUGGUUUGGAACACCAACAUGGUCGCCGUGACGUCGUAAGAAAAUGCUCUAGAGAUAAUUUUUAUGCGCAACCGUGAGGGAUACCUUCAUGGAUAAAAAUAUUGAUUUCCGUCCAGAAUACCCAAAAUGAGACCAAAAUGUGCAAUUUAAACCUUAAGCCAGACGACAAGUAUACCCGGUUUUUAGAUGGGAGCUGACUAUGUAGCAGCUGCUCGGAAGAGAAGUCACCAGUGGUGCGUUUCCCUGACCCCAAACAAUCCAAUAAUUAGGAGAGACCCUCCGAGCAGCUCCUACAAUACUCUACCGACUCCCCUCCUCACCCCCCAACCGGGGAUGGCCGUUAGAAGAAGCCAACAUACCCUGUAUACCCUCGAUUAUAAAUCUGUAUGUCUUUGAAAAACCCUGAUCGCAAACUUCGACUUUGGAGCUGCAGUAGCAGCAGAAAACAAAGCAAAAAUUAAGGGUGGCGCUUCUAUCAUUGCUGUUUCUAUUGCCAGCCUAUAUCCUGCCGUGCAGCGGUAGCCUGGGAGAAUGGUAAGCCUCUUGUUGUAGAGACAGUUGAGGUUAACCCACCCGGCACAGGAGAAGUACGCAUCAAGAUGGUAGCAGCAGGUGUCUGCCACUCAGAUUUGACUUAUUUCAACGGUGGCUAUGAAAAUGCUGUAUUUCCCUGCAUAAUUGGACAUGAAGGAGCCGGAAUUGUGGAGAGCAUUGGCGAGGGAGUAACGUCUGUCAAGCCAAGUAACUAAAUAAAGUUGGCAGUAUUUUCAUAUGGUACUAAUUUCACAGACUUAAUGGACUUCUGCAGUGAUGCCACGCAAAAUUGCAAUGUUUUACUGAUUUUUAUGGAAAGAAAAAUACAUCCUCACAGAUAGAUUAUAUUCAUCAUACUGAAAUUAGUAAGCCUCGUGAAAAACGGGCUUAAAUUUCCAGAAAAAUGAGGACACAAAUUUACAUAGAAAUGUAUCCCAGAGCAAAGAUAUAAAUUUGGGCAGUAACAUAUCUAGGAAGAUAAUUUUUUUCUGUGCUCAGAUUAAUUCUUAGCUAUGAGCAGUUUAAAACUGACAGGAGAGAAAUGUCACCGUGGACGCUUAAUUCACAAACUAACCCUGAUCUAGUUUUCCAUUCAUUCUCCCCGUGCUUAAAGGUGAUCACGUGGUAGUGUCAUACGUAACCAACUGUGGAGAAUGCACAUACUGCAGGAAUCCUAAGACCAACCUUUGUUGCAGGUAAAGGAAACGAGACCUCGGCUUUGUUUACACUCGAAUUGGUGCCCAAAUAGGGUGCCCGUAUACGAUUAUCGACUGAGCUCUUUACGUGUCAACACACCCUUUGUUCAAGUGUUCACGCCACAGAGAAAACUCCCCAGCGCGGGAAAGGGAACAGGUUCCCUUGGGCACGCCUCGGUGUCGGAUUUUCAGGAGCAGGUCUAGAUCGCGCGAAAUUCGGAUUUAAUCGAUUUUAAAGUUUGUUUUUGUUGUUGUCAUAGUGAUAUCGAUCUUACUAGAAACUGCAUUUUGACAAGCUUCAAUUCAUAGUUCAUCACUGGUGAAAAUUUUGUAGCGAUAAGACAAGGAUAAAAUUACUUUUAAGGCGAUUGAAAAACGUCAGUAUGGUCUGCGAAAAACUGUAUCGAAACACCUUAAACCGCAGGGAGAUCAAACUGCAUGGCCGUGACCCAGGCUUGACUUGAUUCCUAAAGGGGACCAUACUUGUCGAGAUAAUCAAAUAAAAGCUUUUGUGAUUUUAACUGUGGUAAUAAUAUGUUUAUUUAGGUCUUUAUUUGUGCAAACCCUAAGCUACACCUGGAUAUCGGUUUUCCACCAGAAUCCGCAGUGUUCACCAAUGAGUACGAGAGAAGAACGACAUCCCGUCCCUUUCAAAAAGGAUUUCCCCCACACCUCGUAGUUUCCUCUAGUAGAUGGUUAUCGGAUGUGGAUGUAUUUGACCCACAGACCAUCGCUUCGCAUAACCUUAACUUCCUGCUACGUUUUCGCUUUAAAAUGGCUUCGCUGUCUGUUUCAGAUCAUCUUCGCCACACCUUUGACACGACUCAAAGGUGAUCAAAGGCAGCGUUUUGUCCAUGGAUAUUUGGUAAAGAGAUGUCAGUAGAUUACUCUUACAUUCGCUUCUUCUUGACAGAAUGGACGAACUUGAAACAGGAAUAAUGUUAGAUGGCACAACACGACUAAAAUGCAAAGGAAGACAAUUGUACCAUUAUUACGGUGUCAGCACGUUUGGUGAAUACAGUGUUGUUCCUGAAAUAGGUGUUAUAAAGGUGAAGUAGUUCAUAUUUUUUUUGUAGAAUUAUUAGAAACUUCAAAACUGCAUAGUAUUUAAAACUGUCAUGCCGAAUUUAAGGACAAUCUAAGUUACAAGGCUUGAUGGACACUGGUCAGAGGCCAGGCUUUGAACAUUUUGAGUGAACCUGGUCAGCGCGAGCACAUUGCUAUUCAUACUUAGGCUCCGUUUAUAUGGAGAAAAGUCGUCCCGGGAAAGAAGAUCACCCUCACAGCAAAUUCAUCUUUAGCGAGGGUCUUUUUGAGAAAAAAGUUGACUCCUUUGUUUGAGCCAAGGGUGCUCGCGCAUGCUCUGAUUGUAAUGCCUUGGCCAAGUUGACCCUUCUAGCCCGAGGCAGCCUUUAUUCCUCAUGUGACAGUUCGGCACGUCUUGUAAGGAAAUUAAAGAGAACUUGGCUCUCCAAGGCUAGCUCGCGUAGGCAUGUGACCCUUCAGCCGGGACAACUUUUCUCCGUAUAAAUGGGACCUUAGCCAUGUGGCGCGCACACUGUCACCGCAGCUGGUAGCAGCCAAUCGGAUAUUAUACGCUGUAAAAAACAAAACAAAAUACGUGUCUGACUGUGAGUGUCCGUUUCACAGAGGAAGGGAUUUUAUGAACUUUGGUAUUUUGGACCAGAAAAUAGAACGGUUUUCGCGGGUAGAAUUAAAGUUAUAUCAAUUAUUUUUUCUUUUUUUUUUAACAGAUUGCUGAAAGUAUGCCGCUAGACAGGGCAUGCCUCAUUGGUUGCUGUGUGUCGACUGGAUACGGCGCAACACUCAAUACAGUUAAGGUAACGAAAUAUGGCUGAUAGAUAGCACAUUUCCCGGGGGGCACUUUUUUAGAGACUUUAUCCACAACUACUUGGCCGCUUAAUCCAGAAUCCUUCCUGUUCUGGCGAAUAACCAGAAAAGGCACAAUCACACCCGGAGCCCAUAACCCGGAGCCGAGCAACUUCCAUGCGCUCGUGUCACGGCGUUUUGACGGACCAGUUUAUUUUUUUGGCGCGAAUUUUGAAUAUCUUUUAAAUUCUAAAAACCAGUCAGCAAAACCUACAGACCUAAAAUUAAUAUUUUUUUGCCUUAUAAUAACUUUCAUUUUUCCUUUUUGAUAUCUUAUACUUCGAAUGCUCUCAUAGACAUGGUUGAAAUUCUAUUUUCGCGUGAAAAAGUGCCCUCAAAUGUGUCUAAAAAUAAACUGGCCCGUAUUAACGGCGUGACAUAGGUCUAGUAUGAGAGUUGCUCGCUUCCGCUUAUGGACUCCUGAGCACACUCUUAUUUGGCCUAAACGGGUAGAUGUCGCUGAACAGGGUAUGGUUUUCAGAGUCUUGAGUCUCAAACAGAGUAUAUAAUUCCACUUUUUAGCGUCUUAAACAUGGUGUCUUUGUGGAUCGGAAGCCUUUAAAAGAGUUUGAAGGUUGACGAUAAAUAGUCUACAUUUGUGGUACCAACAAUUUUUUUCCCAAAAAAUCUAAUUCUAUGAUCCGGCGUAGCUAAUUUAAUUCAAAACAAAUGAAUCAGGGUCAUUCAACGAGCUCUCUCUUUUUUUAAAUAAGGGAGCAAAAUGAACGAUUUUUGUCUUGAACAGACAAGUCUUGGGUUUGAAGGCCUCGGUAGCAUACGUCUGCUCAAACUUUCCUGGAGUUCGCCCCCCCCCCCCCCCCCCCCCCCCCCCUCCCCCCGGCCCCACCCCCCCCCCCCCACCUCCCCCCCCCGUCGCCCCUCCCCCCCACCCCUACCACUCUGCCAACAACCUUCGCUUCUCUGCUCNGUUUUGACGGACCAGUUUAUUUUUUUGGCGCGAAUUUUGAAUAUCUUUUAAAUUCUAAAAACCAGUCAGCAAAACCUACAGACCUAAAAUUAAUAUUUUUUUGCCUUAUAAUAACGUUCAUUUUUCCUUUUUGAUAUCUUAUACUUCGAAUGCUCUCAUAGACAUGGUUGAAAUUCGAUUUUCGCGUGAAAAAGUGCCCUCAAAUGUGUCUAAAAAUAAACUGGCCCGUAUAAACGGCGUGACAUAGGUCUGGUAUGAGAGUUGCUCGCUCCCGCUUAUGGACUCCUGAGCACACUCUUAUUUGGCCUAAACGGGUAGGUGUCGCUGAACAGGGUAUGGUUUUCGGAGUCUUGAGUCUCAAACAGGGUAUAUAAUUCCACUUUUUAGCGUCUUAAACAUGGUGUCUUUGUGGAUCGGAAGCCUUUAAAAGAGUUUGAAGGUUGGCGUUAAAUAGUCUACAUUUGUGGUACCAACAAUUUUUUCCCCAAAAAAUCUAAUUCUAUGAUCCGGCGUAGCUAAUUUAAUUCAAAACAAAUGAAUCAGGGUCAUUCAACGAGCUCUCUCUUUUUCUAAAUAAGGGAGCAAAAUGAACGAUUUUUGUCUUGAACAGACAAGUCUUGGGUUUGAAGGCCUCGGUAGCAUACCUCUGCUCAAACUUUCCUUGAGUUCGCCCCCCCCCCACCCCCUUCCCGGGAUGGAAACCCUCCUUUGAAUUUCUCUUUGUAUAACGACUUACUUACGGACACCUAUCUGUAUUCUACGACUUUCUCUGUUUUUCUUUACUAAGUUUGGAAAUAAAAAUUAAUGACACGUGCUCUCUUUUUAGGUAGAGGCUGGGUCCAAGGUGGCCGUGUGGGGCCUGGGAGGAGUCGGAUUGUCUGUAGUAAUGGGAUGUAAGGCUGCUGGGGCUGCAAGGAUCAUUGGGAUUGAUAUUAAAGCUGAAAAAUUCGAUGUAGGUAGGCAUUAGUUUAAACUUCAUCUGUUUACAGUAGAAUUAAGGGUUAUCGUCAUGAAAAAACUCUCUUUACUUUUGUACACGUGCUUGUGCGAGUUCAUCCAAUAACUCAGAGCAAGCAAAUCCAAUAGCAUAAGCAACAGCGUUUUCACUUCAUUUUAAGCUCUUUUUGCCGCGGAAACACCGUUCCAUAUGCGUGCGCAUCCAAGAUAGUACGAUAACAAAAAGAAGAAAUAAAUACUAUCAAAACAUGAGAUAUACAUUUAUUUUUUAGUUUCCGGUUUUUGUUGACUGAUUUGUAAGACUUAUUUCAUAUUCAAAAUUUGCUGCGAAAUCGAUCUAAAAUUAAUUGGUUUGUAAGAACGCUGUUGCAUGGGUACGAGGGGUUUGCUCGCUCCGUGUUAGGGGCUCCUGACAGGGAUCGAUGCCUUCCUAUAAUUUAGCUCGAUAUGCCAUAGAAUAAUUGAAAAUUCUGGUCUGAUUUAAUUUCUAUGCAACAUAAGAUUUCGAAACUAUCGGGCGAAAUAAAGAGGGAAGCGUACUUGUAGUAAGGUCUGAAAGGGAUUUCAUAAAAAAAAACGUCAUUUAACUGUCGGUGUAUUUAAAGCACAUCUGCUGUUUGGGGGACUCGAUUUUUACGUCUUCUCUGGGAGACGGUCCGCGAGCUGCGCAAAGUCCUAGCCAAGCUUAACCAUUUGCAAUUGGAGAUGACGCAAUACCCUUUUCCUGAGUUACUUUCAAGACCCUGAAUAAUGGCACGGUCGUGGGAAUCGUGCUCGCGACCUCAGCCGGCUCUCUACACCAGAGUUCUACCAACUCACUGAGCUAAGUAAACUCUACCACCAUAUAAGUCAAGUUGAAGUCAUCACCUGGAAAGACCUCAAAACUGGACUCCUCCUCAUCGGUAAUUCCCUGUUAACUGAUCCCGCAAGACAAAAUAAUCAAUCUGAUUGUAACUUUUUCUUGCAAGUGUCCUACGGAAUGAAUUUUUUCUUUUUAUUCAGCUAAAGAUUUGGGGUGCACUGAAUGUCUUAAUCCUAAUGAUCAUGCCAAGCCUAUUCAACAGGUAAUAAACUAGUACUCAUUAUGCUCAAUGUCUACAUACAAUGUAAAGGAGCCAUUGUGAAAAUUCCCACUCCAGAUACUUGUACCUUAACACUUUUUCUUUAUGAAAUAUUUAGAGAAACCCCCUAACAAACUAGGGCAUUUUUGUUCUUUCACUUACCAAUAGUUCUUUUUAAAUUCUUAUGGAAAACGUAAAAGAUUUGUUUUCCCUUAAUAUACACAAGUAUAACCUAUAAUGCUUUGAUGUUUAAUUCUCGCAGGUCUUAAAAGUAAUGACCGACGGUGGCCUGGACUACACAUUUGAAUGUAUUGGCCAUGCUGAAACGAUGGUAAACGGGGUUUCUUUCUCCGAUUUAUUGUUCUCUUAAGUAUAACCUCCGAUCAGGUGUUCUUUUUUCCCCCUAGACUCCAGAGAACAGUUUCUUUCAAGUUUUGUGUUAUUCCCUUGAAUAUGUACACAUAAUUUACGAACAGACAAAAAAAUUCUCCUCGGGCCUUGAUUGGCAAAACAAAGCAAGAAUAUCUUCUGUUAUUAUAUAUUAUCACUGAAGAUAGAAUUUGAGGCUUUGUAGAAUUAUGACGUUUAGCACUCUUGAACUGGGGAUAAAACGAGGUCGGUCGUAUAUAUCGUUUAUUUUACUAGCGAUACGUCAUUAUCAGCACAUAUCCGAGUCUUAUGUUUUGUCGCAGGAAGCAGCAUUUGAAUCUAGUCACCUGGCAUGGGGAACGACUGUGAUCAUUGGAAUAGGAACAAAACGUGAUCUGACAUUAAAUCCUUGGAAACUGCUGAGUGGGCGGACUGUGAAAGGUUCAAAAGUGGGAGGUUUGUUGAAUGCUUAAGAUAAAAAGUGGGCGCGACGUUUAGGAAAAAAGAACUCCCAUAUGUGGUAAAUGACCAUACUCUUUAGUCCAACCGUCAAGAUAACUUCCUUCCAUACAAAGUAGACUUCUACACAAUUUAAAUGAAGAUAUGAUCGUCGCUGUGGUAUAUGCAAUAUAAGCAAUUGCAAAUUAACCCGAAAAAAUUCGGGACUUCAACGGGAUUCGAACCCAUGGCCUCUGCGUUAGCGCUGAGGUGCACUACCAACUGAGCUAUGAAGACCCAUGAUUAGGAGCAGGCCAAUUUGUUGAGUUCAUCUUAACCCAUGAAAGGAAUGAAACUUAGAAUGAAGAUAAUGUGAACUACGGAAAUACAAAUUUCAUUAAGAUAUGAUCGUCGCAGUGGUAUUGUAAUUCAGUAAGCAAUUGCAAAUUUACCCGUAAAAAUUUCGGGACUUCAACGGGAUUCGAACCCAUGGCUCCCGUCUGCGUUAGCGAGUAGUGCUCUAAAUAAGUUUGAGAACAGAUUUUUUUUCCGAGGAACAACACUGAUCCCACUACGUGCUUAUCUUGAUCCUUGUGGAUUGCUUUUAUUUACAUCACUUUUCACCGACCUCGUUGCCUAAUUCAUUUCCGAAGAACAAAUGAGAUGCAUAUAUUUUUAGGGUCUGUAGCCAAGGAACUGUUUCCUAGAUUAUGCGAGGAAUACCUGGCUGGACGUUUGAAUCUGGAUAAACUCAUUACCCACAGAAUGUCUCUAGAUGAAAUAAAUAAAGCAUUUGAUGUCAUGCGUGCUGGGGAAAGGUAUGCAAAAUCAUCAGUUUACCAGUAUCUUAUGUUUUGGUAUAAACUCCUAGAAUGUUGAUCGUGAUAACUUAACUGAAAGUGAAUUUUAAGUAUGGUAAAUACUUGAGGAAGAUGUUUUUCAGUCAUUGACAGAUCUAUUGGCAGCACUUGGAUUUUUUCUUCGGAGCCGCCUGUUUCACUGACUGAGAAACAUCUUUCCCACUUAAUGGGCGUUGUUGAUGAGGAUGUGUUCCUUUAAAGACGUCAAACCCAAAUGAAGAUAAAAAUUAUGUUUAUUGCGAACAGUUAGCUGACACCUUCCUUUUCUUUUUUUACUGUAGCAUUCGAUCAGUCAUUCUCUUUGAGGUAUGUUGCUGUUGUUUUCUACCUUUCUCUCAAACGCCAGUUUCUAAUAGUAAUAAUUUUCCGCUCAAACAGAUAAGCGAGAAGUGCGAGAGAGGCAUGACGGGGACGAGCCCAGAGCUUUCUUUAAGGUGGCUGAACACAGUUUUGCGGGCGGUCAGCGGUAACUUGCGUGACGGCGCGUGUUUUAAAUUAGACAAACAAGCAUGGCGGCGAAAAAGCAAUGGUACAUAGAAGACGAUUUCUCAAAAUCUCGUCAUUAGAAUUUUGUGAUAUUUGGCAGAAUUUUUCCUUUUAUCGUAUUUUAAGUAAUGACGACUUUAAAAUGGAAGUUGAACAGACGAAUUUUGUGACACAUUUAAUAAUUACAGUACAAUUAAAUUAUUGAUUAUCUAAAAACCCGUCUGUUAAAAUUUGGUCAAAUAAGUUUCAAAUGGUAAUGAUUAAUUAUAGUAAGCUGUGUGCAAGUUAAUAGGAAAAUCUAAUGAGCGAAUUUUAUGUAAACUGAGAAAAAGUGAAAUUUUAAGGUUGUAUUCAAUCGUUCAUGUUGCCAUGGAAACUACGAAAACGUCAAUUUUUUUCUGUCAAUCAAAAUCUUUUAUCAGUACACUUUUCACUUGCCAAGUUUCAGCUUGUGAGCAGGAACCUUUCUCUUGCCAUGAUUUGGCAAAUGACAUGUAAUCACAAACUGCCAAAACUGUGUUCAGCCACCUUAACUCAAAUAUCCCCGAAAAAAGUGAUAGCGAGAGACUGGGACGAGGCAGCUUUCUCGUAGUCCAGUUCAAUUGGUGGAUGACGGCAUCCAUUGAAUAAAUAUCUAUCAAGUGGAUAACGCAAUUGGCUCUCCGGAUAUUUAUCUGCUGGAUAUUAUUUAUCAGGUGGAUAGAGCCCUCCAACGUUUAACUGAACUGGAGCCUGAUUUUAAGUGUACGAAAAGAGGUUGGAAGAUGUAAGCCAAAGAAACGCUUCACAAUCAGCGAUCGGAUUCGGGAAGCUAUCCAAGGCUAGGACAUCUUAUAGGUUUUGACUUAAAGGCAGCUUAGACGAUACUUAGGGUAGUUAUACCUUAUUUAGAAGAGAAAGUGGAUCAAUUAGGUUUCUGGUGAACUGUCCACCUACCCCUCCCCUAAGUCAUCAUUUUGCCCAAAGUGAGAAGUAAGUGUUGAUGUAAUGUGUUAAUGCUCAGGGGAGGGGUAGAUGAGCAGUUUCCCAGCAACCUUUGUUGAUCCGCUUGUACCUCAGGUCAACUUUGAGGUGAGCUAUCUUGUAGUCCGCUUUAUCGUUCCCAGGCCUCAGCUUAAUCGACUCGAUCGGCGCGGCCUAUUUCCCUUUUGUAAACAGUUUUUGCCAUUUUCAAUGGUCGGUGCUAUCAUUGGUAACAAAACCUUUAGUCAUAAUAUAUGUGAUAUAUUCCCUAUUCCCUAUCGUAGCUAAUAAUUUGCUUAACUCCCGCUGACAGGUUUUUGAUCAUUUUAAACACUGAUACGGUGAGGUGUUGUCGAUUGGUCGUGAUCGCAGCACUUAAAAAUUUACGAACCAAAUUAAAAAAUUGACUGAUUUCGAUGUGUCUAUUCCUAAAAUAAAUACAGAACGUCACUUUAAAACCGUCAGUUCCAGAAGACGAUUGAACUAGGAUAUCAUCGUACGCAUACAGGAGAAAAUUGUGCUCAGUCGAGAAUAAAAAGUGCUGAUAAUUUGAAUUUUCACCCUAUUACUUCACAGGGUCCUGAAAAAUACAGAGAGCAUAUUAUUUCCAGAAUUUGUUUUAAUUCAGUCUUACUUUAAAUAGUGAAUUACCUUCCAUUUUUAUCAUGAUGCGAUGAACUGCCGUCUGUAAUGAGUACGUCAGUGUAAUUACUACACCGGUCUAAAAAGUGUUCUGCUCAAUUGGAAACCUUAACCAAAUCAACAGCAAAACAGACUGAGGAGGAGGGUUGAUCCCUCAAAUACCACUGACCAAGUUUGCUUCAGAGUCGGCAAGGACUUCCCACGGCACUGGCAUCGCUGGUCCUUAUUUUACGUCGGUUUACCCGUUAACCGACAGCGGGAGCAAGGAUAACGCAGUGGUGAGAGCACUCACCUCCCACCAAUGUGGCCCGGUUUCAAAUCCCCUUGUGGACGUCAUAUACAGGUCAUGUUGUGUAAUAGCCAUUUCUUUUAACAAAAGAAAACGUUAGAUUUUGGGUCUACUAGC